AGCAGCUCCUAGCAGCAUCAACAUCUAUUUGUCGCUUAUUUGCCCUGCAACAAUUCACCUGCCUUUCCUUCUCCCAUCCUUUUUCUGGAUAUGCCGCGAAAGGAUCCGUGCCAGAAACAAGCCUGUGAAAUACAGAAAUGUUUACAAGCCAACAACUACGUGGAAUCAAAGUGUCAGGCUGUCAUUCAAGAACUGCGUAAGUGUUGUGCUCAGUAUCCCAAGGGAAGAUCUGUGGUCUGUACAGGAUUUGAAAAAGAAGAGGAAGAAAACCUGACACGGAAGUCUACAGCAAAGUAAAUUUCUACUGAGAAGUUAAACGCUGCUUCAUGUUUCCAGCAAGCGAGUUUUAUUUAUCCUCCUUCCUUGAGGCCAGGUAGCAGCAAACAGCAAAUGAAAAAGUCAACUCUAAGAGAAUAUGCUGUCUAUGCAGCACAGACAGAAAAAUGUAUUAAGACAGCUAUGUAGAGUGUAAUAAAACUAAGCUGCUAAGAUAA